ACGUCCAUCGCUCUGAUUGGCUACUUUCUCCGUGGCCUGGCAACAGGCGCAGAAGGCAUUCUAGCAACCGAUCUGAUCUCCUGUCGGCCGUCGUUAGCUCGCUCUUUGUUUUUGUUGGCCGUUCCAGAUUUUUUUUUCCAGGUUCCAACAUGUCGUCGAGGACUCUCCCGUUGCUCUUUAUCAAUCUCGGCGGAGAAAUGCUUUACAUUCUGGACCAGCGGCUACGAGCUCAAAACAUCCCCGCCGACAAAGCAAAGAAAGUCAUGAAUGACAUCAUCACCACCAUGUUUAACAAGAAGUUCCUGGAGGAGCUUUUCAAGCCGCAGGAGCUGUAUUCCAAGAAGGCGCUGCGCACCGUCUUCGACCGGCUGGCCCACGCCUCCAUCAUGAGGCUCAACCAAGCCAGCAUGGACAAGCUUUACGACUUGAUGACCAUGGCCUUCAAGUACCAAGUUCUCCUCUGUCCUCGGCCCCGAGACCUGCUCCUGGUUUCCUUCAACCACAUGGACGCCAUCAAGGAGUUUGUCAAGGACACGGCUUGCAUUUUGGCUCAGGUGGACGAGACGUAUCGGCAGCUCAUCGAGGUGCGCCGUCGCUUUGCGUGUCGUGGGAAUUCGGGUGGGGCUCUGAUGGAAGCUGAGCUCAUUUCUUCCUUUCAGAUGUACACGCCGUUAGCGAGCGGCGAAUUCCAGUUGAUUCGGCAAACUCUUCUGAUCUUCUUUCAGGACAUGCACAUCAGGGUGUCCAUUUUCCUCAAAGACAAAGUGCAGAACUCCAAUGGUCGAUUUGCGCUCCCCAUCAGCGGUCCCGUGCCCCACGGGACACAAGUUCCCAGCUGGAUAAGGAUGUACAGCUGCACCGGCGAAGAGAUGAGCAGGCUGCAGUUCAAUAAUGGCGGAAACUACACGGCUGCACUCUGCCAAGGAUCCUUUGAGCUUUUCGGCGACAGGGUCACCAAACUGGGCACAAACAUGUACAGCGUGUGCCGUCCGGUGGAAACGCACAUGUCGGGAACCUCCAAGCACUCUGCUCAGCACACCAAGGUCAACCUGGUUCCCAACCCUCUGGCUAAAGAAGAGCUCAACCUCUUAGCCAAACUCAUGGGAGGCUUGGAAGUCCCGAAGGCCGGCAAUGCCGACAGCGGCUUCCGGGUCAACCUGUUUGCCACCGACGAGGAGGAAGAAGAAGCGUUACUGUCCAGACCGGAUGAACUGUCAUACGGAUUCAUAAACAUCCAAGCUACCAAGGACCAAACCGCCAACGCCGAGCUGGCCAAGAUUAUGGGGGAAUUCGGCGAGUCUCGGGAGUCGCCCGAUCUGUCCGCCGAUGCCAGCAGCAAAGGGGACGACCUCCUGGCCAUGAUGGACGGCCUGUGACGCCAUCGGACCCCUCCCUCUCCGACCCCCCGCAUCCCGUGGUGGGACGGACCGCAAUACGUCGUCUGCACCAGCUAAACCGCUGCUGCGACAUGCGUGCAGAAAACUUCCGGGUGCUUUUUCCUCCCGACGUUGGGAUUCUGUGUCCUUUGGGGUACGUUCCGGAAAAAGACCCGCGGCCAUUUGACCUUGUCAGCCAAACACGUUACUGGGCUUUCCCAAGACAAACAACAGAGACGAUGACGGGCAUUUGAUUCCAGAAUUUGGGGCGGAGUUUAGGCGCCAACAUUUUUGUCAAAGGACCUUUUAUUUGAGCAUUUCCCCAAAACUGCGACAUCGUAUCAUUUUGGUCAUCCGACUCAACUCGAUCGAGAUGAGAUUUCCCUUGUCAUAUCAUUCCAGACACUCGGGCGCUGAAUCCGUAAGUCAUUUACAAGGAAAUCAAGUUUGAUGCUGUUUCAACAGCUUUGUCGCAAAAUCCAGACAAGUAGAAACCAAAAAAAUGUACUCGACACCAGGCUUGCAAUACAUGGUUUCGGUUUUCUUCCUCGGUACGUGUCCCGGUCCAGACACUUACGCCGAGAGUGUAUCCACUUCCUGCUUCUGCAUUUGAAAGGAUGCGGUGCGGGGAAGCCGCCAAAACCCAAGUGCUCUUUUGGAAGCCGAUUGUCAUCCGGCUUCCAUGCUGCGAUGGCCUCGUUGGCUGCCAGCCCAAUUUCAAUGGAUGCUUGACGUCUGUCGUCGUCCGUGGCGCUGAACGAGUACGCAGUGAGGUUGGUCGUUUUACACCACGACGUGGAGGAUUAUGGGGCAGAAGUCCACAAAUGACAGGAGAAUUUGUCGGUGGUUCAUUGCAUUGUCAAUCGGUGUAUUGAGUAGAUUUAUUGAUCGGAUUUAUGUACUGCGUUCUGCGUUGUGCACCGUUUUGCAAUGUCGCUGUUCCAAAACAAAUACAAAUAAAUUGACAUUGUGCAAAUGUG